AUGCGGAUCCUGGUUCGGGUAACGUUGAUUUGUGCUGGGCUAAUAUGCCUGAGAGUACGAUCGGGUACUGUCUGUACAGGUGAGCUGGUCUGUUUGGGUGGGAAAGACAAAGUGUUGGACAAUUAUCAUACCUUGAUUUAGACAAUAACCCUUUGAAAUGCCCUGAUAGGAUUCUUGAACCAAAUAUCCGGAAUAAUCGUCCUACGGUAAGUAUGUAUAAGUAUAUUUUGAAGUUCCAAAAUCUGUGUGUUUUAGGGAUUUAGAAGAUAUCGGGUCUUCGGAACCGCUAAUAAACGUCUAAGGACUCCAAAUACCCUUGGACAAAACAUGCCUAGAGCACAGUCGGCAAGCGUCCAAAGCGGUACAAAGCUAUCUCCAACGAGUCUUCCCGUAGUUGAAAUAAUUUCUUCAACUACCGCUCGGACAAUACUGUCAAUUGCACCUACUCAGACAUCAGAAAACUCACCUUCUUCAAGUACAGUUCGUUCUGUGGCAUCCACAAUUCCAUCAAUAACGACGACAAAAUCCCAAGUUCCCGAAACAACUACAACUUCUAAGCCGUUCCCUACUUUGAUCACAAGCACUAUAAACCCAACUCUAGCUCCAGUUAUCGAUCCUAAGGAGUCCUCGAAAGCAUUUGGCCCAAAACUUCACGACGCGGCAGGGAAAGGCUCUAAAUUUAAUUCGGAUAAAUUAUUGGUGGGACCAGUGGGUGGGGGAGAUAAUGCUGAUCCGACUUAUCUGGCCAAGCGCAAAGUAGGACUUCCUCCAAACACGGACGCCCCUCAUCAUCGGCAUCCGACCGGGGCUGUUAUCCAUAAUCAAAAUCAACCUCUUCCCCCACCUCGAGGUCCCGUUCCUGAUGAUGGACAAGGAUUUGGAAGUGCUAAUGGAAAUGGGUACAAAAGUAAGCAGAAUUACGAAAAUAGUGAUGGUUACGACCCACAAAAUCGUCCAAAAAACACUGGAUAUGAUGAGCAUGGAGAUGAUUAUUCAAGUCAUUCUAUUGGACAAAUCCCGAUGAAUACUGCAGCAGUAGGAUAUGAUGACAGCGUAAACCACUAUGGACCUUCGAAUCAUGAGAAUGUAGGUCAACCUGGCUAUGGACCAAUGGGAACGGGUCAGGCCAAGCCUGGAUAUUACGGUAGACCUGGGCCUGGGGAAGAUGGAUACAGUGGAUCCACGCCUUUCAACCAGCCGGAAAUAAAGAAACCCGGAGAAAAGACAGAAUCGGAAGAAGCGCGGGAAAGGGUAAGUAGAGUAACGAUUAUAAUACUCCUUAGUAAAGGAAGAAGCAAUGGCCGAAAGGAAUAAGGUGAAUCCAAAGUUGAUCGGAGGGAUGUCUAGGUUUUCCACGCACUCAGUAAGUAAUGAAAUCGUAUACAAAAUGAAUGAAGAUCCGAACAGGCCCUCAAGGCAACAGCGCCAAACUGAUCAGUGCCAAUUAUUAUUACCCUCCGAAGAAAGAUCUUCCUCUUCCCAAGUGUUUUUACAAUGGGGAUGGUUAUGUUUGCUGUAGUUUGGAGUUGAAUGAAUUGAUGGUUAAUGUCUACAAAUCUCUCCAAGCCGAUCCUCAUUUCCAUACUUGCAAUAUUGGAGCUGUUACUUCGGCCGUCCAGAGACAUGCGGAGGAAAAGUUUGACACUCCUUUUGAGGCAAUCACGGGAUUUGAGGAUUAUGCACAGAAGAUUCAUUUCAGCGGGGAGUUGGUCUGCAAAAUCGAGAUUGAUGGAAAGUGAGUACCAUAAAAUAUUUUUAAAACAACGGUAAAAAGCAUGAUUGUAAAAUUUUGAGGGUUUUUUUUCAGAUUCAUCCUUGCCUAUGCCACUCCCUAUAACGCUGAAGAAGCCUUUGAUGCCAACGUUGAUGAUCCUUCCAAAUUGCCCGCCGAUUUAUCAGCUCCCUUGGGCAAUAAGACCGUUGUUAUUCGCAACCCCAGGUUCAGAAGACACGGCGAGACAAACACCGUUCUUUUAGGGCCUAAAAUUAAAAGUAAUAAUAAGAAGUCAUAA